AUGUUAAACGGCAAACUGGGUGACGUCAUUUAUAAUGCUGAGCGGUACCACGUCCACAAGAUGGAACUCGAAGCGCAGAACCUGGAACAGGCACCUCCAAAGAAGGACUUGAAGACGCUGUACAGACAAUCCAAUGAACCCCUUCCAGAUUCAGACAGCCGUUGGAGAAGAUGGGCUGAACACCUGGAAGAGCUCCUAAAUCGACCCGCUCCACUGGAUGACCUCGAGAUAAAGUUCGAAAAACUGGAAGAAUCGGAAAUCGACUGCUCUUUUCCAUCGAAAGAUGAAAUCUGA